AUGUUGAUCGCCCUGUUAUUGGCCGAGCACAUGGCGACUGCAAACGGCACAGCAUCACCCACAUCAAGCAAACACUUCACUGCCAACCCCGCCAAGCAUUCCACUGCCGAGUUCGCCUCCACUUCCUCUGCCACAGUCGAGCCAGCAUCCUCUCUCUUGUCCCCACCACCUUCACCUUCGCGCGAGAGAUCAACCCAACAAGAAGACUUGCUCAUGGACGCAUCACUGAACAGGAGCAUGGACAAGUCAAAGUAUGCCGAUGGGCCGCCUGCGUCUGGGUCGAUGCGCGGCGGACAAGGUGCUGCACCUCCUUCUGCACCAGCAUCCUGGGGUUUGCAAGAUGCGCGAAGCAAUCUUGCCGUCCAGCCUGUAGCCAACACCGGCAGUAUCAAGCUCAAGAAGGCCUCUGUCAAGAUGGUUGGUGCCGCCCCCGUCCAAACUCGACCUGCUGCUGCUAAACCGGUCGUCUCACUCUCCUCCACGUCAGGUGCAAAAAUUCCAGACGGACCUGUAUCGACUUCAUCGACUACAAGUGCUUCAACUCCAAAAGCUUCGACUACACGUGCUUCUCUCACUCUUGCCCCAGAACCCAAGAUUGCUCCAGUCAAGAUGAACGAAGGUGGAUCUAUCCAUGCGUCACAGGCAGAGCUUGAGGGUCUUUACGCUCGUUUGAGCAGCAUGGGUCCAACUACUCCAUCCCAUAAGAGCGAAGGUAUCCCGUCUAUCACUCCUGGCAAGAACAUGUUCGCGUUCGAAACCCGCCUUGAAAUUGCAAGCAUAAAGGGCAAGGCUACUGAGAAGACUACCGCCAUUAUGUCCGCAGAGAAGACUAGUUCAGUCGAAUCGCUCGCAGAGAAGCUGCUCUUGUCCGAAAAUAACAAGAAGAGGACCCAGGGUUUUGUUGAUACAGAGCGUACCAAGAAGGCUAAAACUGACAAACCCAAAGUCGUUCAAGCUACUGUUGUUGGAGACAAUUUGGCACAAGCCUCUAAGCCUGCCGUAGAACGCGUAAGCGAGUCCCAAGAGGACUUGGAGGCGGAGUACAUGCGCAAGGCCAGCGAGUACAUUGACACCUUUCCGGUCGAACAGAAGACUGCAUCACACCUUAUCCAGGCCAUGUCAAAGAAGCUCCGUAGCUUGUAUACUGAAGACAACAAGGACUCUAUCAAGGCCCGAUUCGCUUUCGCGCUCGUCAACUACAUCAAGAACGUCAAGAAGGGAUCUGAGGCCUUUUCAGUAGAUUCUGCCAAGUCUCUACUGGAGGAUGCGAAUGGUGAUCUUCUCCAACUUUGCGCGAAGCUUGUUGAAGGAAAGUACAUUUCACUACAGACUCUCGACGAUGUGAGCGGCAUGGCCACUGCUCUUCUCAACAUCCUUCCAGAGGCAGAUCCGUCUAUCACUACUGCUACCGCCGUUUACAAGGCAGAUGUCACCGGCAGCCCAGGCGUGAAGCCAGUGACCAAGGGUUCAGUGGAAAACAACAAGGGAUGGCCGACACCAGAGAAGCGGGAGAACCCAGCCGCUCAGCGUACCUGUAUCCUCAAGGGUGUUACCAACAUCACCAACAUCAAUCAGCUCCAGGCUCUUGUAUGGGGUGGCAGACUCGAGGCAAUAUCUAUGUCGGAGCCUGGCUCUUCCACCGCGGUCGUGAAGUUCCUUUCUGCUGAAGGUUGCGACAAGUAUCACAAGGAAACAGCGAACGGUAUCAAAGUGGUUGGGGACAUGAAGACGGUCAUCAUCGAAGUCGAGAAGACGGACGGCCCGAAUUCGAUCAACGAUGUCAUCCGCAAUUGCAUUGAACAAGGCGUUACACGCUGCGUUCGGGCCACCGGCGAAAUGGACAAGGACGACAUGACCCUUAUGAAGUUGGCCCGGGGUAACAGCCAUGCCCACAAACGCGAGGUAGAUCGUAUCAAGCGUGGCAAAAACAAACAGGGACAUGCGUACAUCGAGUUCCGCUUUGCGAACAUUUACCACGCGCUGCAGUUCAAGCGUGAGCUGCAUGCGCUUGAGGAGUGGGAGCACUGCAACGUGCAGUAUAUCGCUGAUCCGUGUGAGGUGGCCAAGGGCAUUCACUACAAGGACGAGGAUGAGUAG